UCACUCACGGUCGAAGACGAAGACGGGUUCAGUCAAACGAUAUUUACUACUCCACUCUGCUCUCGUCUGCGCGGGUUUUGGGCCCGCAAUAAAGCCGAGUUAUUUAUGGAAAUCAGCACUCAAAUGGCGGUGGAGGAGCACGCCGUCGGCGGGAUGAGCAACGCUGCAAUGGUUGGAACCGGCGGUAGAGUGAGCAAAAGAAUGGUGGACCGAAUUAAAGGUCCGUGGUGUCCCGACGAGGACGCGAUGUUGAGUCGACUUGUUGGUAACUUCGGGGCUAGAAACUGGAGUCUAAUAGCCCGAGGAAUUCCCGGCCGAUCGGGAAAAUCGUGCCGCCUCCGUUGGUGCAAUCAGCUAGAUCCUGCCGUUAAACGCAAACCUUUUACUGAUGAAGAAGAUCGUAUCAUACUUCAAGCUCAUGCUAUCCAUGGAAAUAAGUGGGCAGCAAUAGCAAGGCUAUUGCCUGGGAGAACUGACAAUGCUAUAAAAAAUCACUGGAACUCGACAUUAAGGCGUCAUUGCAUGGAGCUUGGGAAGUAUAAUUUGGAAUCUAUUAACGUGGUUGAAAAUACAAGCGUCGAAAAUUCAAAGGCUUCAUCUGAAGAAACGCCAUCUUGUGGCGAUGAAAACUCUUUGAAGUCCAGUGAAGGCAGAGAUGUCAGCUCUUUGGAAUGGAUGGAUAAUUCCCAAUAUGACGAUAGGGUUCAAUCCCAAAUUCAAAUCAAAGAGACAUCUAUGGAUCCGCCUACUCUAUUCCGUCCUGUUGCCCGGAUUAGUGCAUUUAGGGCAUACAAUGCUGCAGAUGGAAGAGACAAAACAUGUUCAUCUCCGAGUUUGGCUCCACCCAAGAUGUCCUUCACCCAAGCCUCAAACUUAGAUAUAGGAAAAUUGCUUGAAGGAGCCUAUGGUGAGCUGUCAGUGCCGCACCAUUGUGGCCAUGGUUGCUGCCAAACGUCCGGUGAUGUAGCACCUGCGACUUCAUUGCUGGGACCUGAAUUUAUUGAGUAUACAGACUCUCCUUCCUUCACUAGCCAUGAAUUGGCCGCAUUGGCAGCAGAUAUAAGCAAUGUUGCUUGGUCCAAGAAUGGUGUAGAUAGCAGCAGCAUUCAAGCAAUGGAUAAUACAGGUACACCCUCCGAGUUAUUGUCCAUCAACAAUAACCAACAUAUUAGACACCCUGAAGAUACUCUGGUGAAUGGAAACCCGAGGAUUAACUGUCCGAAAAAGGGUGAUGUAGUAGACAAUACAGGCAACCUUUACUAACCCAAAAUCUAGUAGGGACUAAAUAGAUCAUAGGUUAGUUCAAAUUUGUACACCUCCUGCUGUAAUCAAAAUUAUAAUGUUUAAUGUAGCCAGCAUCUCUCUCUUAUCUUGUAACAGCCAAAUUGAGGAAUUUUGUGAGAACUUAGCAUUGCUAAUUGGUUAUUCUUCGUUGCUCACCAUAAAUACAAGAUUGUGGUUGAUUGAUGAUCAUCCUUUUCAAGUUUCAUUCUUGAUGAUAU